CCCAAAAUGAAAAGAGUAGCGAUAAUGCUACCGAUAAUAUUCAGGGAAAACCGGUCUCGCUUAAUAAUAUCGUGUGCCUGAAUAAGGAAAAAGGAGCUCCGCUUAAUCUCCUUCGGCACCUCAGCAUGUCCACCGCGUGGGGAAUGGGUGCGCACUCCAUUAGUCAUGAGACCCCCGAAUCAACCCCUAGCUUACGGCUUGGCUGCCCCAAGGAAUGGAGCCAGGUCACUACUCUCAGCGCUUCAAGCUCACAUCAUCAAGUGGCUAUUGUUCGACUCGCGACCAAUAACCAAGGACAACAAGUCUGCUUUACCACCUGAAACAUACCUACGGCCUUCGGAAGAACGUCAAGAAGAGGCUUUGUGGCAUGCCUGUAGUGAGGUAAUAUGGCGGUGCGCCGGAGGUUUCAAUCCUCAGUCGGGAGUUGACCCGAAAGCCAUAGUGGCUUUACCUAGCGAGACCAUCUACGUUAAACACAGCUCGCAAUACUAUCAAGACGGCAUCACCGAAAAGCUGCAUUUCUUUGAACUGAAAAACUUGGAGGAUCUUCAGAUAUUCAUUAAACGUUAUUUAUAUUUGUUUCAAACCGAGGAUGGUUCUGGUGCACUAUUGUUACUUUACGCUGCUAUACUUUCAAGAGGAUGCGAAAAUGUUAAGAAAGAUCUAGAUGGAAAACUGACGCAUCUUGUGUCAGCUCAUGUUGAGGGCUCCCUCAACGUUUGCACUUUACUGCUGACCGGCCGAGCUACACCGUAUCUGCACAAUGGAGUAUUGUACGUUGGUGAUGAAGAUCAUUAUGCGAUGCCACAAUUCGGAAUACUGUCGCGAAGUCCUGUGGGCUUGCUGGUCUGGUAUGGAGGCGAAGAGAACGGAAAACACAACUUGAACAAACAGUACCCUGGAUCCAGGCUGAAGACACCAGCCUUGCCGAUAUGGGUGACUAGCUGCUCUGGGCAUUACGGCGUACUUUUCAAUACAAAUAGAGAACUAUUGCGGAAUUAUCACGCUGAAAGAAGAUUUGAUAUACAGUAUUACACUUGUGGCGGGUGCAAUGUCUUACUGAACGUAGACACGCGAGCCCACGACGAGGCUGGAACUCUGAGAAACGACGAUAUAAGCGCCACUCCGCUGGAAAAACUCAUUCAUACUAAGUGGCAAGAUGCUAAGAUUACUUGGACUGGAGCAACUCCAUUCGUCAGUGAGGUACCAACAUAA